UACUCGGUGUUUAGGUCGAAAAUGUUAACGCAAAUAUUGCGACAAGUGCGUUAGUUGUAGCAAUUUUAUUACGAAAUUAUUCAAUUAAAAAAAACUCCACAUACAAAAAAAACAAAAACAUUUGUACUUCACCGGCAGGUGGCGGUAGGGAGCUCAGAAUGUUGACAUCUUGUAAGUUAACACGACAACAAGACGAGGAGGAAGACAGAGCGGCGGACUGAUGUCAGACAGACAGGUGAAAACAUGAAGACUCUGAUGGUGUUUGAUUUUGACCACACUGUGAUCGACGACAACAGUGACACUUGGGUGAUUAGAUGCCUUCCAGGUCAGACUCUUCCCGACUCUGUGAAGAAUUCCUACAGGAAAGGCCACUGGACUGAGUUCAUGGGCCGAGUGAUGAACUACAUAGGAGAGCAGCAGAUCAGCCCAGACAGGGUCCGCAGUGUGAUGGAGACCAUCCCCUUCACAGCUGGAAUGACAGACUUGCUGACAUUCAUAUCAGAGCAUAAAAGCACCAUUGACUGCAUAGUCAUCUCUGACUCCAACACCAUGUUCAUUGACUGGAUCCUUCACGCAUCUGGGUUCAAGGUGGCUGUGGAUCAGGUUUUCACCAACCCAGCUAGAUUCAAUGAGCUCGGGCACAUGGAGGUGCGGGGCCACCACUCUCACGACUGCGACCGAUGCCCCGUCAACCUCUGUAAGAGGAAAGUCCUGGAAGUGUAUCUGUCAGAGCAGUUGGACGGCGGUGUGGAGUACGAGCGGGUAUUCUACGCGGGGGACGGUGGGAAUGAUCUCUGCCCGACUUCCUGUCUGAGAGGACGUGAUGUUGUGAUGCCCAGGAAGGGCUACACUCUGGAGAAACUGCUGGCCAGACUGGAACAACGGGAAGAUAACGCUUCUCUCCGAGCUAAAGUGGUUGCCUGGAGCAGUGGCACUGACAUCCUCGAGGAACUGAAAGCUAGUAUGCAGUUGUAGUACAAUACUUGAUCGACUUCUCAGUUGUAACUGAAAUAUUGCACUGUGAGUGUGUACUGUAGAGGGCACAUGCUGCUCUCCUUAACUGUUUAAAUUUUAUUUCACAUUA